AUGAAUCAUUCAAACAUUGAUCUUCUUGAUCUAUCCAAUGAAAUAUUACUUAUUAUCUUGAAGAAACUCGAUAAUAUUGAUGUUCUUUAUUCGUUAUGUGGUAUUAAUAAUGAACGACUUGAUAUUUUACUACAAGAUGAUAUAUUUAUUAACACUCUCAAUCUUGUGUCAAUAUCAUCAACAAUUGAUCAUUUAAAGCUUGAUCGAUUCUGUAUUUAUAUAUUACCUCGAAUUUGUCACUUUGUCAAAAAAUUCAUUAUCGAAACAAUAUCUAUGGAACGUAUUCUUCUUGCUGGUGAUUAUUCAAAAUUGACUUAUUUAGAGCUUUUCAAUUUUAAACAAGAUAUAAUUUACCGUUAUUUUACAUAUGCUCCAGCUGUUCAACAUAUCUUUAAACACAAAAUAGCAGACCUUAUUCUUCAUAAUAAUGAUAAAUAUACCAGAAAGACAUUGACGCGGGUUUAUACUAGAAAUGUGUAUGCUCCGAUUUUGGUUUUUUUCCAAAAUUUAAAGAAUUUAAUUAUUGUUGCCUCAUCUGAGAAUGAUUAUCCACCUUUGUCAAUUUAUGAUCUACCAUUAAGUACUUUUUACUCUUCGACUAUUACUCUAUUACAAAUUAAUGUGUAUAAUUUUCAUGAUUGUAUUUCUUUACUUGAUGGUCGUCUUGAACAACUAACUACGUUCAUCGUUCAAGUGCAUCGUAUUAGAAAGUUAUUUUCGGUCUCUAACAAUAUGGUGAGUUCAUUCUAUGUUGUUUUACUGUUGAUUCAAGCUAAGGAAUAA